CCCACUCGCGGAUACACCUUCUUACUCGAUCCUUUUCCAUGUUCAACACUCCUCUUUCGGAGACUGCAUUCCUGUUUCGCAUCUGCCCACCCAUAACGUUCCAGACGUCAUCUCCAAAUUGACCGUACGACUCGACUCCGCAGAGCCUCACUCAACGGCCACCGUCUUUUAUACUUGAACACCGCUGGAACCCGGAGUUGAUGCCUUUGAUCUUCUGAGUGUGUGCUGUGGAAAAUCCUCUUUUACAAGAUGUUCGCUACAAAGCGGUUAAGCAAGGAGCUUCUCAAGAUAAAAGAACACCUCCCGCCCGGCAUCUCGAUCGUCAAAUCCGACAACCUCGAAGAAUGGCUCAUGGACAUCAAAGUGCUGGACGAGAACCCGCUGUAUCUGAAUGAAACCUACCGGUUGAAGUUCACCUUCAGCAAUAAAUAUCCAAUUGCACCCCCCGAAGUCCAAUUCGUCACCACCCCUGCCGCCGCCGACGAGAAUAAUGCGAAUGCAACCACCAACCCCCGCCGCACCAUCCCCAUCCACCCGCACAUCUACAGCAACGGGAUCAUCUGCCUCGACCUCCUCAGCUCGGCCGGCUGGUCGCCCGUGCAGACGGUCGAGAGCGUCUGUAUGAGCAUCCAGAGCAUGCUGACGGCCAACAGCCGCAACGAGCGGCCCCCCGGCGACAAGGAUUUCGUCUCGUAUAACCGCCGUCGGCCGAGGGAUAUCAACUUCAUGUAUGAUGAUGAUAAUGUAUAGCUGUUUCGCUUCCUAUUCUGGGGUCUGGAUGCGGGGGACGGGAUAGGGGGAUAAGGGGGCUUGUGGUUGAGGGCGAUUGAUUGAAGAGGAUUGACAGGCGGGACCGGGGAGUGAAGUAUCAUACUUGAGUGACCUCUUUCCCGCGGCUGCGUUCUUGGGUUCUAUUCUCACGCCUCUGUCGUCUGUUGUGUUUUCCAUCUGCAUGGGGGUUUAUUGGCGCGGGCGUACCCGGAGUUUUCUUCUUGUUCUUUAUUUCUGGUUUCGAUGCGAUUCCCUUGGAUGGCUGAGGCACGUAUCUCCCAUCUCCCUCUCCCAUCUCCCAUCUCUCUUCCUCUAGCAUUUGGGAUUCCACAUCCACAUAUCUUACUGCCUCGCCUAAUGCUCCCCCGUCUUGCCUUGCCUUGUCUUCUGUUCCAUCUGUGAAUUCAAGCAAUGAACCACUAUAUCUCUACUAAUACUAUUC